AUGGAGCGCAUCUCGGAAUUUGCCGCUGGCGCGGCUGCGGGCGCAGCCGUGGCAGGCGCGUACGUGGCGGCACGAGCCUCGCGUGCGUCGCAGGUGGAGCGCGACGAGUGCCACAGGCUGGUCGAGGAGUUGAUUGCGAGCGCCGAGGUGGUGAUCUUCUCAAAGUCGUACUGCCCACACUGUGCUAAGACCAAGGCACUGUUUGGCGCGAAUGGCAACACGGCGAAG